AUGGCGGACCGGAGACUCGCGGCAACCCAGAAAUUUAUUCGCCAGAUUGAAAGCUCGAGCGAAUUCCACUUGCUGGACGCGGUGGUCAAGGGCGAGACUACGGUGCAAGAUGCAGUCCAACGGGUGGUCGACAGUACUCUGGAGGCAUUGGCCGCCCACGGGCCAACCAUGCAAGGCGGCAUCGGACUGUCAGAUUACAACGUCUCCCUGGCAGUCUUGGAGCAUGCUCAACGUCUCGAGCCGUCCGACCACACCAAGCUUGUCGACUUUUUGGCUCAUCUACAACAACAAAAGGCCCUGGAUCCAUCCACUCAGGAGCCUCUCAAGGUCCAGGGAGAUAGCCUUUGGGCUGAUAUGCCUUCCUUGGGUUAUACCGAGCUAGAGACCUGGUCCGAAUUCGGCGGUGCUCAUCAGGAUCCAUGUGAUUCAACGAUGGGCACUCAGCAGCGCGAUCGUUGGACGAAAUUGAACGCCUUUCUCGCCCAGCUAACCCAGGCGGCUCAAAUUGACUACCCAUCCCCCGGCGAGCAGGCUCGGUUUUCUCCAUUGGACAAAUCUCUUCGUGGCAUCUGGACUAUAUCAAGAGUGCUAGAGAAUGAGUCCACGCCGGCAGCACUACACAACACCGCCGCGAUGGAGGCUGCUUGUCAAUGGUUGAUCUUAGCGGCCGACCGGCUAUGGGCAAAUGUGCUCAACGAGCGUCGAUAUCCCAAAGAGGCCGGUGCUGGACCAGGGAAGCGGUACAGUGAGAAAGAUUGGACGGGUUAUUCGAGGGAGCGAUGGGCUCUCUGGGCAGAUGCGAUGAGAGAGGCCCAAGAGGCAUGCAAGGAUCAACGCAUGUCUCAGUUGAUCGAGGGCGCUUUGAAAAAUCUCAACAAGGCCACCGAGAACGGAAGAUAG